CUAUUAUAUAUUAUAUCUAUAUAUAUAUAUAUGUAUGUAUAUCCGAUAAACCCACCAUCAAUAAUCCAUUGCUCCAUACAAUUUCAAAGAAUAUUUUACUCUCCAGAAAAACCUGUACCUCACAUCAACAGCGCCCCCUCUUUCCUUUGAAUCUUCAUUUUUUUCGCCGGAAAAGAGAUGAGUUCUUCUGAAAUCCUGAAUUCCGGCAAGUUCGCCGGCGGAAGGUCUAACUUCUCGCAGACCUGUAACCUUUUGAGUCAGUAUUUGAAGGAGAACGGCAGCUUCGGAGAUCUGAGACUUGGAUUGACUCCUGAAUCGGCUGAGCCCAAAGGGACUAUGAAUUUGUUGCCGAUGAUUGAGAAAUCGGAUCAGAACUCCGGCGCCGGAAACUUCAUGAAUAUGCUUCCCCAGCUCGUCGCCGGCGGAGUAGAAACACUGGAUAAAUCCGAUAGUGGUACCAGAUCCGAGAAUGAAACCGGGCAGAUGACCAUAUUUUAUGCGGGUCAAGUCAUAGUAUUCAACAACUUUCCGGCGGAGAAGGCCAAGGAAAUCAUGUCAUUAGCCACCAAGUCUAGCGCCGCCGCACAGAAGCUCCAUCCCGCCGCCUUUGCUCCGGCGAUUCAGAAACCGACGGAAUCCGCCACCAGCACCCCGAAUCUCAGCCCAACUUUUGGGAUUCAGGACCUUACCCGCCGCCCUACUCAGCCAGCAGUUGGUUCCGAUUAUUUACCAAUUGCGAGGAAAAAAUCAUUGGCCCGAUUCCUCGAGAAGAGAAAAGAUAGGAUCACAGCAAACGCGCCAUACCAAGCAAGCAAACCGGCGGCGCCACCGCUCAAGGCGGUGAAGACAGAGACCAGCUGGCUGGGACUGGCUUCUCAUCAGUACACCCACCAAAUUCAGCGACAACAAUAGAAAUCGUUUGGCAGUAACGAGUUGUACCCUUUGAGCUUCUGUUUGUACUUUUUAGCUGGUUCCGAAUUCAGAUCUAACUGUUUGAUCCAUUUCAUUAUAGUUUUAGAGAAGGGAAAAUUGCAAUAUUGCCCCUUCGAUAUAGUUUUGAAUCAAUUUCCUCCUCUUUUUCUUUUUCUUUUUCUCUCUCUCUCUCUCUCUCUUUUUUUUUUUUAUUCGAUUUUGCGAUAAUGUAAUUAUCUAUAUAUGUGAUGAUACCCAAUUUGUUAUCCA